AUGAGGGUAAUACGGAUAGGAGAAUUAUAUUGCCCUAUAAAUGAUCCCCGGGUUUUGUUGGAAGCGCUACAAAGGAGCGCGAUAAAAAAAAACAGGGCGCGCAGUAGCCUAUCGAAUCCGGCCCUUGCUUACCAAAGCAUUGGACCGGGUUCGAGUCCGGCGUACACCAAUGAAUAUUUUCAAUAUUUAAGUGUAUUAUACUGCUCAGCCCAAGAAAUACAAACGAGUUCCAAUCUCAAAAGUUUACCCCCUACCGUAGUCGCUCAUGACCUUAGUAGUUUAUGCGACUUUAAAAAUUUAUGGGUAUUAACACGAUUAAUAGAUUUUAAUCACGCAGCAAUUGAGAAUAAUAAACAUAAAACGGUAGAUGGUCGGAAAAACAAUUUUUAUUUAGAUAGAAUGGAGGAAGGAAAUGAAAUAUUCGGGGAAAAUAUCGAGAAAAGUAGAGCAAAUGGAUGCUUGCACUCGAGAGCAUAUAUUUAA